AUGGUCUUCCCCGCGCGCGACGCGGAGGCAUCUCCAGACCCGCACGAACAACAGCUAGACACGGAUAUACAAACCAUUCGCGCACAGAUCCGCACCCUCCAACGCCGCAAACGCUUCCUAUCAUCCAGCCUCCUCUCCUCAGACUCCAUCCAAAAACACCUUCGCAAAUCAACCACAGCCCUAACCACAAUCCAAAACGAAGUCUCCCCCCUGAUCCGCGCCGCAGGUGCCCACUCCGACUCAAACCACCACCGCAUCGCAUUCGGCACAACCGCCUUCCCCUUUAAAGAUCCCGCACCAACCGCGUCGCCGGAGAAUUCAAAUCUUCUCGGUGUGCGGAUUGACGUUUGCGUACGGGUUAGGCUCAGGGUUCAUCGGCAUACUGUACCGGGGUUUAUUGAUUUGGGGAGGGUUGAGGGGGUUUAUUUGCCAUUCCCUGGAAAAGGAAGAGGACAGGGGAAGGAGGCUGAUUCUGAUGAGGAGGAGCAGGGUGAACCGCUGAAGCCGAAGAGGCAUAGUGGGAGGAGACAGGAUUUACGUGGAUUUGUUCGGGAAUUGCGCCGUGAACUUGUGGCGUGGCAUUUACGUGGUGAUGCUGUUGAGUUACUACGUGAGAAAUUGGGGUUGAGUGACGAGUCGCAGAUUGAUCCUGCGGAGCGGUUGUCGCCCGAGUCGAGAGGGGGGAUUGUCGCGCUUGCGCCUACUGCGGUGGAGGCGCGGUAUGUGCGUUUGGAAUGGGAGGAUGGGCGUGUUGGACGGUUCAAGUUGUCUAAUGCUGGGAUUGUGGAGCGCGCAGUUGUUAUCGGUGAUGAUGGAAGAGAUAAGCAGAUUGAAGAUGCGAUGACUGGUGGCGGCGGGAGGGUGGAGACUCUCCUCGAGCGACUGAGAGAGCGUGGUGCUGUUAUAGCAUAG